AUGACCACCUUAUACCACUUGGUUCACGAGCAUCCACCCAAUUCAUUCAAAUAUCUGAAAUCUGUUCGAGAUGAUCCUAUCGCACAAGAUCAUAAACAAACCGCUAUCCGCCUCAUCAAAUCGCAACCCAAGUUUCAACAGUUCGAGAUAGAAGCUGAUAUUUAUUUGUGUUUGGAACCAAUGGGGCAAGGGGUGGAGCGGCGACGGAUGUUGGAAGAUGCUGCCAAAAACCCCUCGGACUCAGACAAGGUUCAAGACUUUUCAGGGCAGGGGAUGCAACAAGAGCUCAUGGUGGUUUUCAGCGCUAGUUUGAGUUUGCACUAUAAGGUUUUCGAGGAACUCAGAUCCUCCUACAAAAGCUUCCUCGGGUCGGAAGUGGUGGCAUACCCAGGGGAUUCGCCGAAAGUGGUUUACGAUCAUGCCAGUGCCGGAAGCUGUGAGAAUCUUGCUUUGUACCAGCUACCUGAUGAGGACUACGCUCAGGCGCUGGUGACUGGGCAGCUGGGGAAGCAUCAGAUACAACAGCAUAGGACUAUUGCCUGUCCCCUUGAACAAAACCUGCGAACAAUAGGAACCUCAAACCUCAUAUUCGUAUUCACUGCGAAGCGCCCCCUCCAAAUUCCGUACGCCUUGUUCGAUGGACGAUCCAAUCCCUAUCAGUUUGUUCAUGGUGGUAGCAUUGAGGCAACUUCUGAAGACCCCGUAAAGCUUCUCCAUGAGGAAUUCCGCCGAUUGAUGAAGCCUAAAAUCCCGCUGGAGACUGAUGAUUAUCGUAUUCAUGUUUACGAGCCGAGAGAAGCGUUACAACUAAGCAUCUUGAAGGAUCUAAAAUUGGACGACGACUCAUUUGUAGACGAAAGCUAUCAAUUUUUCAACCCAGGGGAGAAAUUGUCGAAGUGGGAACACCGAACGCUCUUAGUCGUUUUCCAGCCAGAGAUCCUAACCCAUAUUCAACGCGACACUGAACAAAGGAUCUUGGAUGAUUGCCCUGGAAAGGACAAACUGAUGGCGCCUAUUUCUCUCCUAUACCAGCCAUUUGGUUACUUUCGUGACAUUCGCUGUGGACUGGAGGUCCCUGGAGAGAAGGAUUUCCCUGAAGAUAAACUGAAGGAAGACGUCAAUGCACUCGCAAAUGAAAUGACCAAGUUUUUCAACAAGGAAGACCAACGACGUUCCAAGUUCAUGAGGUGUCUGGAGCCUAUUUUAAAAGUUCCUCCCAACUCUAUCAAGGCCAGCAUGUUACCCAGCAGCCGAAAGAUAUCAGAUGGCCACCUAGACGGAGAGCACGGGGCCAUGGUAAUAUGUAUAGAGUGCAAGAACGAAUUGUCGUCUGCAUCUUGUGAGCCCAACCCUCAGCUUGCCUCCUAUAUCGCCACUUCAUUCGCGAAGCAAGCCGAAGACCAACCAGAGCUCUUCCAGAGGUGGAGGGUGCCUGCCUUGGGAGUGACACUUGUUGGACCUGCCAUCCAGUUUUUCGGGGUCAUCUGGAUAGGGCAAGUGCGUGUCGUACCCUUGACACCAUCGCUUCCUAUGAUAGACCCAACUGGUGAAGAGUUCCGAUGGGACCUCCUCCUAGCGUUUAAGGCUGCUGCUCUCGUUUCCUCGAAGAUCAAAUCCGACAUCAAAGACUUCCUCCGAGUGCUCAAAAGCUCCCCUGACUCGUGGCCCUGCCCAUUGACCAUCAAAACGAGUCGCCACCCAAGUGUGACUGAAAUUGACAUUUUCCCCAAACGGGGAUCGGAGAAAAUACAGUUCAUCCUCGAGUCACGAUUCGAUGACUUUGAACACCGGCACCUUUACCACGCUACUCUAGUUUCAUCAAACCCAUCGAAAAUAUUUGUCAAGUUUUCGCAACUCUACUCUAAAGACCUGCACGCUUUCUGUGCAUUAAAGGGGCUUGCCCCCCGGAUAUUUGGGUUCCAACAAUUACACGGGGGAUGGUAUGCAGUGGCGAUGGAAAGUAUCGAUGUCAAGGAUCACGAGCACAUCAAGCCCUCCCCUCAACGUGCUCAGGAGUGGAAGGAGAAUAUUUGCAACCUGGUCAAUGCCUUCCAUGGUGAAAACUUGGUCCAUGGCGAUCUGCGUCUCGCAAACUUUGUCUUUACCAACGAGAGAAUGUUGCUAGUUGACUUCGAUUGGGGGGGGGAGGAGGGUAAGGCGAAGUUCCCUCAUGAGCUGCUCAUCGGAGAAUUGGGGGUAUCAAAUCAGAAGCUACGUGACCGGCUAAUCACAAAAAAGCAUGACCAAGAAUGUCUUUCCGAGGUGCUUAAGUGGGUGGACAGGAUGUCGUCGGGCCAGUGAUGGAGAUGUGAUCGGUUUCGUUUCAAUGGUUGCAACCUUUUUGGUUUCGACUGCCAGGUUGAACAUUGAGCCUCCAGUCAAACCACAUGGGCCUGUUCAUUUGUAUCUCCUACCUGCAGGGAUUCUUGCAUGUUUCACUUCUUU